UACAAAUAUAACAAUAGCGAAAAUAAAAAUUUACAAAAAAUUCAUAAUUUGAAUAAUAAUUCAUAAUUCAUAAAUUGAAAUCGGGGAAUAUUGAGAAAUAGAAUCAAUUAAAUGUAACUAACUUAUACAAGUACAUAGUUUCAUGACUAUUUUCCUUUUGCUGACCGCAAAGUAGAGGUGGUAAACGAUAAAGGUAAUAACAUAGAGAUUGACAAGCAGAUAAAGAAGGAAAGAAAAUAUUAAAGAUUUAAAAGGCUAAACUCUUAUCUUACAUCAGUUAGACGUGUUUCAUCUUCGAACUGGAUCUUAUUCAGAGGAAGAACAAUAUAUAUUGUGAAACAGGAUCUUGAAUAAACAAAAAUGUAUAAUGAAAAUAUAAUCUACUUUUUAUUUAUAUUGAGAUUAUUCAAUAUAAUCACUAAUAAUUUGAUAUAUGGAUAAUGAACUUUAUUUUGUCAUAGAAAAAGGAACAAUUCUCGUGUUAGCAUGUUUAUUAAUUGCCACAGCAGUCUGUCAACUAUCUUAUAAAGAGGGUCAUUGUCCAUUAAGAAAUAGUGUUUCAAAAUGCACUCCUAGAUGUGUUUCCGAUUACCAAUGUUUUUUUAAUGAAAAAUGUUGUCCAAAUAAAUGUGGAAGUGAAUCUUGUGUUCAAGCAAGUCCUAUUAAUACUGGCAAUGGAUAUAAAGGAUCGAAUGAUGAUGUUUAUUGCGCUGGAAUAAAAUGUGGUCCAUAUGAAAAAUGUCAAUUUGAUCGUAAAACAAAACGAGAGAAAUGUGUUCGUACAUAAAUGAUUUUUUUAAAUGUAAUAAUAUUUUUUUUAUGAAAUAAAUAAUUUCUAUUUUA